AUGGAAGGAGGAGACAGUUGCAUUAGUGAAAUUCAUUCAACUCAAGAAGAUUCUGACUCCAAGAUCUUGGAAAAGGUUGUUGUGAAAGGUAAGAAUGCUUUAUUAUCUUUUCUAUUGUUUUACCGAUGGCUUUUUAUUAAAAAAUAUUAUUUUAGUUGAUGCUACAAAACUUGUAAAUUAUUGUUUUAUAAAAGGUUUUUUCUGUAAAAUAUUGUUUUAGUCAAUGAUAAGAUCGAUUCUCUUCUCAGUUAUUGCUUUUUUAGUUCUUCCAAUUCUGAAUUCUGUUUCAGAGAAGUCAAAGAAGCUCAGAUGUGCAGUUUCAGCCAGCGGCGAUGGAUUCAGACGUCAAGGAAAUGCGUUCUCGCCGUCUUCAGGUGCGGUCAGUGCUGAAUUCAUGAGAAUGUACUAUGGUUUCGAGAGGAUCAAGAUCCCGGCUGAGCCCGGUGUGAAAGUGGCGAAGAUUGACAACUUUAAGACAGUGCCAGGAUCUGGAAUUAUGGAGAAUCUGGGGAGAAUGCCUGUUAUCAGUGCCACAUCGAAUGGAGUCAUUACGAUUCAGCUGUCUAACAACCUGGACAUUGACAUGAGCAUCGAACAGAACGUUCGUGUCAGAAGUCCUUUUUUCACUGUAAGGUUUUAUGUUAUCGACUAUGUCUUACUUAAAAAUUUAUAAGUUGUUACCUAAAGUAGUUUGUUUGAAGUUUUUAUUGGGAAAAUUGAGUUUUUUAUGCAACUCCUUUGCUAUUUAUGUUGGAGAGCUUUACAUAUAGCUUUGGUAUAUGAUUUUUUAUUGUUAUAGUGACUAAAGAGUUGUGUUAUGUUUCAGUCAAUGUCCACGGCCAGUAAUCGUUGUACUGCGUUGGUCCACGAGUCUGGAAUGCUGUUGCACGAUGGUCGUGUGGUCAACGGAUACUUUCGUAUGUUUUGACGUGUUUUACAUUAGCUAACUUACACGUUUUUAAGAUACAUAAUAAUAUAAAUGGCAGAGUUUAUUUUAUAUGUAUAAAUGAUAUAAUUUUAGGUAUAUCUUGAUUAUUCAUACUUUUUUUGUUAUAUUUUGCUUAAUAAUAUUGUUUUAGCUGCGAAUACCCAUAAUAAUAUAGAGCACAAUGCUGUAAUUGGUCCAACUGGUAUUGUCUUUUCGUCUUCCAACUUGUCCACUGCCUAUUAUGUUGAUCCGGACUUCAACUUUACUCCGAUCGAUUCGAAGGAAAUCGACUUUCCUUUUAUGAAAUACGACUUUGCUUCUAAGAUCUUCUUCACAAAGUGUCCAUUCAGCAAUAAAGUAGGUUUUGGGUAAUAACAUAGCGGUAUAAAUGGAGAUUUAUCUACUACAAUACUAAUUUCUUUGAUUUUUUUAAUUUUAGGUAAAAUGAUUACUGUAAUAUUUUUUAAUCUAAGACGACUACUAUAAUAUUUUAGCGUUUGGAAAGAUGUCAAUUCUGGCUGAAGACGGCUACUGUGAGCAGAAUGAGGUUGAUGAGAGAGACCCACUAUCAGGUCAGCAUUGGUCCUCUGCUGGUCCUCGAGGAUACUGCAACCGGCCAGGUUGAGAUCACCUGCCCAUUCCAAAAAAUACUCUGCAAUUCUAAGACUGGCAGCAUUGAAGUUCGAAAUUCAAACAAGAUUUGUCUGACAGCUGGAGUAAGUGUUUUCUUUAUAUUAUAGUAGGCUUUCUAGGUAGUACUUAUAUCUUUUACACUGUAUGUUGAAUAAUAGAAAAGUGUGGUAUACGGUAGUGUUAAAAUGUUUAUAUAUAAUAUAGCGUUUAGAGUAAUUUAUUCAACAUUGUUAUUGCUCUGUGUGGUGGGACAUUAAGUAUAUGUUGAUGUAGGUGUGGAUGACUUGUUGCGUUCUAUUUAGUUCCGAGAGUUUACUUUAACUAAUUUUGGGUUCUCUGGGGACCUGUUACACCCAAUUGCCGCAUACCAAUUCAUUACCCAAUUUUCAUCUAAUGUACUCUUGAGCGUCAUGGUUAAGGUGUUUCUUUUAAUUUAUAUGUAAUAGUUAUAGCUAUGACGUACUCUAUCUAAUUGCUUUCAAUAACAUGGGCAGUACAUCUAUAUAUACAGCUUCUAACAUUGGUUUAUGUAUGUAAGAGUAAGCAUGCUAGUCAGUAAUGUACAUCCAUUUUCGAUGUUAUGUACAUUUGUUUUGUAUUAUAUAAGUACUGUUAUGUUUGAUGUUGAAGUAAUCGUACGUAAAUACAUUAAUGCUAGAACAAGUACCUCUACUUUGUAGAUAUAUUUUUGUAAUGUAGAUGAACAUAGACGUGUGUCUGUAGAUGUAUUCUUGUUAGACGUAUAUUGUUUUUGAAGAUGAGGGUAAGGUUAUGUGUAAGCACAUCAAUUUGUAUUUGUUGUCUAGGUAUGGCAUAAGUAAUGUCACUAGGUGUAUAAGCAGCUAAUUGUGUGUUAGGUUUUGUUAUUGUUUAUGAUAAUAUUUUUGUAGAGCUUGUUGUUUAUGUUAAUAUAGUUAGUGUUGUGUGUUAUAUAGGAUGUCAUGUAAAUCACGGUAUCUUACCUAACAUCUGAAAUUAGUGAUUUUGUGAUGUCUUGUUUACUUUGUAACUUGCUUAAACAUAAAUUAAAGAUGGUGAUGUAGUGUUUUAUGUUCUCUAUACCUUGUAAUCUUUGCUUACAAUUAGUGGUGUUAUGAUGUAGACUUUUUAUAACUUAUUAUUUACCAUAAUGUAGACCUGGUGAUGUUAUGUAUGAUGUGUGGUAACUCUUAAAACCUUACUUUUACGUUGUUAUGUGUAAUAUUGUUUGCAGACGAACGGAAUGUCGUCGAUGAAGCUGGACAAGAAGCGGGUCCACGUCUCCUGUAGCGGGUUUCUGGCGUCGGAAGGCGGUGCCGCGGCCUCCCUUCACGCGACGGGAGAGCUGAGUUGUUAUUGA